AAAGAUCGAUCCACAUCGAUGUUUCAUCCUCCUCACUGAAACACCUUCUCUUCUGUUCCCCAACUUUCGAUCCCUAUAGCUACGCCAUGUGGAGGAACUCUGCGAGUUUCUCUUCUAAGCUCUUAUCUGUAUCGAACCCUACUCCAUCUAUCCACUUCUCCUCAAACCCCCUUCGCUCUGCUGACAUCUUCUCAGCCUAUGGCGUCCGAACAGGACUCUUUCAAAUCCUCCUUUACUCAUCCAGCGCAGGAAUACCUUCUUCGGUCGAUUCGUUGAAAUUAGGAUUGGAGAAAUCUGAUGGAGGAAGAGCUUUCGGUUCUGCUUCUUCCGCUAUGGACUUCAAUACGUCAAAUUUGGCUUCUGCAUCGGUAUCGAAGGCUAGAGAUUUGGCAGAAUCGAUACGGCACUAUGGUCGGUGUUACUGGGAGUUAUCCAAGGCGCGGCUGAGCAUGCUAGUAGUUGCGACUUCUGGAGCGGGUUUUGUUCUUGGGAGUGGCAGUGCGAUUGAUUUUGCUGGACUUUGUCAUACUUGUGCUGGUACCAUGAUGGUUGCAGCAUCUGCCAAUUCCUUAAAUCAGUUGUUUGAAAUAAAUAAUGAUGCUAAGAUGAAGAGAACAAGGCAGAGACCACUACCUUCUGCGCGUCUUACAGUCCCUCAUGCAGCCAUCUGGGCAACUAGCAUUGGUGUUGGUGGUACAGCUUUGUUGGCAUACAAGACUAAUGCCUUAGCAGCGGGGCUUGCAGCUUCAACUCUUGCUCUUUAUGCAUUUGUAUACACCCCAUUAAAGCAAAUUCACCCAGUAAAUACAUGGGUUGGGGCUAUUGUUGGUGCCAUUCCUCCACUUCUUGGGUGGGCAGCAGCUUCUGGUGAGGUUUCGCUUAAUGGGAUGAUUCUUCCAGCAGCUUUAUACUUUUGGCAGUUACCCCAUUUUAUGGCGCUUGCAUAUUUGUGUCGAGAUGAUUAUGCUGCUGGAGGGUUUAAAAUGCUCUCUCUUGGUGAUGCUUCUGGUCAGAGAACUGCCUUGGUGGCUUUGAGGAACAGUCUAUAUUUGCUUCCUUUGGGCUUUGUAGCUUAUGAUUGGGGUGUCACUUCUGGAUGGUUCUCGCUUGAGUCAACAGUUCUUACUCUUACUAUGAGUGCUGCAGCAUUUUCAUUUUACCGAGAGCGCACCACAAAGAAUGCCAGGAGGAUGUUCCAUGCCAGCCUCCUCUAUCUUCCUGUAUUUAUGUCUGGGAUGCUAUUUCAUCGCAUGUAUGAUGAUAAACAGGGCCUUGUGGAAACAAAUCCUGAUCUGCUUGUUGAACUGACAUCAUCUGGAACUUGGGAACAGAAAAACAAGAAAAAUGAAUCCCAGAACAAAUUGAGGGAGUCCUCUGUCAGGCUCAAACCACGCCCCCCUGUAGCUUAUGCUUCUGUUGCUCCAUUUCCUUUCUUGCCAGCUCCCCUAUGUACUACCAACUAUUCUUGACCCUUGCAAGACUAGUUUGUCUCCUUGAGUGUACAUAUGUCUCUAAUAAUGGCUGAAUUGCCAAUUGCCGUAAUGUUUCCUGCGGGAGUGCUUGAACAUCUUAUUUGAGGCUUUUUCCUUUGUCCCUUUACCCUUCUUCCUGUGAUGGGCAGGAUUGUGUAAUGUUUGAUUAUUGGUAUGGAUUAUUAUCAUAAUUUUUUUUUAAAUUUAUUUGGGAACAAGAUUCCUACAAAAGAAAAGGAAAGUUAACUG